AUGCGUUAUCAACAGAUCCUCUCUGUAGCGACACUGCUUGCAAUUGCCAACACAACGACUGCGCUUGAGGUCUUCGAAAGGGAUGCUGCUCCUCAAAGCGCCGCAAUUCCAUGCUGCUCGGGUCGCGACGCUGGUCCCGAACCUACAGAGGCCCCUCUGCUCGAGAGAGACGCUGCUGCUCAAAGCGCCGGAUUUCCUAUCUCGGGUCGUAAUGCUGCUCUUCAAAGCGACGGAUUUCCAGUCACAGCUCGUGAUGCCGCUCCUCAAAGCGACGGAGGACCUAUCUCAGCACGUGACUUUCUCCCGGAAGCCACAGCAGCUCCCCUGCUCGAGCGGGAGGCUGACGCUCAAAGUGCCGGAUUUCCUUGCUGCUCAAAGCGGGACGGAAUCACUCAAACUACUUUCGAUACCGUCGUUCUCAGGCGUGAGGCUCAGACCAUCGUCCAGGGACGUGAGGCUGAACCACAAGUCACCUUCGCUCCUGGAAAACGAGAGGCUGAGGCACAAGGAAACUUUGUCGGAGGCAAGGGCUGGCCUCGCGAUGCUGAGCCCCAGGUCGCCACUCGACGAGAUGCUGAGCUUCAGAGUAUCACUACACGCGAUGCUGAACCAGCAACUCCCACCGUGCGCGAGGUCAAGCGAGCAGCUCAAGCCGAGCCCACCCCGUAG